AUGUCCGCUCCGCGUAUCCUUCAAUCGCUGGUGUGUUGCUUGCUGAUCGUACAAAGUGUGUCCGGAUACGCAAUCGGGCAGCCGGAAUCGCGGGCCAGCGCCGACACGGAGCGCGUGAUCGACCACUUCCGGAAGCGGGUGACAGUCGGUCCGGAAAGUGCACCAAAGACCAGCGGCCACUUGGAUGGGUUGCAAAUGUUGCAGCUCUUGCCGAGCGUGAUUCGAGCGCUCAAACAGGACAGCCUGGCCGAGGACGAACGCGCGGCGUUUCAGCAGGUGUACGGCAGCCUCUGGGAGCUGGCCCUGGAAGAGGCGGGCCGGCCACGGGGCCAACCACGGAACGCGAUCCUGAAGGCCCUGUUCGCCUCGCCCGAAAUACGGUACGGUCGGCCGGACAUUCGCGCCGAGCUGGGUAACGACAUCGGGCACAACUCGGUCGCCCAAGUGUACCACCCGGAGGGUGGCUCGAAAGCGAUCGUGAUCGACGAUCCGGUGCGACGCCCCGCGGACCCAUCCCAGCGUGUUCUCCGUAUGGCGGCCGCCAUUGUGCAGAAGUACUACCUGAAGAGAUCCAAACUUGCGUCCACCAAACAACCGGUGCCAGCGCAGCGUCGGAAGCCACGAAAUGCGCAACCGACGCUGGAAGCGAUCCGCGUCACGAUCGAGAUGCCGCGCUACAAGCGAUCCGUCGUGACGAAACCGCUCGAGCCGGUGAGCGAGGACGGGGAGAUGGAGGCGAAAAUUUGGGCCGCCAUCAAGGCACAGAUCGGCAAUCCCAGUGGCGAGGACGACGACGGGGAGGAUGAGCACGACGACGGUGACUCCGCCGAGUAUUUGGACGAUGAGACCGACUACCGGGGUGUGCUGGGCGAUGACGACGACGAUGAUGACGAGGUGGAGGAGGCGGACGAGGUCGAGGAGGACAUCGAUGCCAACCUGCUGACCGCGAGCCGGCACAACUUCGAGAACCCGUCGUUCAACGAGCUGCUCAUGUUGGCGGCGCGACACCGCGCGAUCCGGAAGCAGCGGCAGCAGCAGCGGAAGGCCAACACGAGCGACGAGGAUUACUAG